CCGCGACCGCCGACCACGUUGCGACCCGCUGAGGCGCCGUAGAUUAGAACAGGUUCCGGGACUCGUCGAGAAGCUGCCACUUGGCUCAGACGCCCACGGGCUCGAGAUACUUUGCAGAAAUCAAGAAACAGUGGCACCUUCUGAUCUGUCAGUCUAACAAGUCAAGUGGCUAAGUGACUACUGUUAGUUCUGUUUAAAAUGGGUGUAAAGAAGAAGAGGGAAAUGCAAGUUGCUGCAUUGACCGUUUGUCAUCAGGACCUUGAAACUUUGAGAUCUUUUGCUGAUAUAGAAGGGAAAAAUCUAGCUUCUUUGCUGUUACGUUGUGUACAACUCACGGAUGGAGUGUCACAAAUCCAUUAUGUUAAACAGAUUGUACCUCUACUGGAGAAAGUAGAUAAAAAUGGAAUUCGUGAUCCCAGUGUUCAAAGUUGUUUGGAUAUUUUAGCAGGCAUUUAUUUUUCUUUGAGUCUGAAGAAUCCCUUGAAGAAAGUAUUAGCAAGCUCACUAAAUGGCCUACCUGAAUUUUUUCUAACUGAAGCUAUACACAGUUUUACUUCUCGUCUUCACAAAGAAUUGAAUACUACUGAUCUGUACUCUUAUAGGAAAGUAAUUGACAAUAUAUCUUCCUGUACAGAGAAUUUUAACUUGGGUAGAGUGAGUGUUAAUAAUCUGCUUCAAAAUGUGCUUCAUUUUCUGCAGAAGAGUUUUAUUGAAAUCCUGGAAGAAAACAGAAAAUUUGCUGGAAAUCAUAUUGUUCAAACACAGUUGAUGAAUGACUUGCUGGUAGGCAUUAGAGUUUCAAUGAUGUUAGUACAGAAGGUACAAGGUUUCCAAGGAAACCUUUGGAAGACCUCCACUUCUCCAAUGUGGCAAAGUAUGUGUGGCUUGCUGAGUAUUUUCAUCAAGUUUUUAAGCGAUGAUGACCUAUUACAGGCUAUUCAGAGUACAUCCGGAUUAGCUGUUAUUCUUUUUAUUAAGACUAUGUUUCAUCCAUCUGAAAAAAUUCCUGAGUUGAUUAGCAGUUUGCUUCUCCGUUCAGUGGACUGCACCAGCAUCCCUGAGUGGUUCAUAUGCAGCUGCAGGAGCCUUUGUUGUGCCAACGUCUCUGUGUCAACUCUCUUAUUCCUGUGUCAAGGGACACUUGCCAUGUUGGACUGGCAGGAUAGGAGCAUGGGCCCAAGUGGAGAGACUUUGCUCUUGGACACUGUGCAUGUUUUGUUCACCUUGAGUUCACAGAUUAAGGAGUCCACGCUGGAAAUGUUCCUGUCUAGAAUCUUGGCAUCUUGGACUAAUGCAGCCAUUCAUACUCUUGAAUUUAGUUCCCCAGCUCUAAAGGAUAGUCUGAAUGGGAAUUCAUCCACAGUUGGGAGACUUUUGGAAUAUGUCUAUACUCAUUGGGAGCAUCCACUGGAUGCUCUGAGACACCAAACCAAAAUGAUAUUCAGAAAUCUUCUCCAAAUACAUGAGCUCACAGUGAAAGGAGCAGAUUUGGUCACUGAUCCUUACUUUUUGGAAUUGACUAAGAGUCUUCUACAAUUGGAAUGGCACAUUAAAGGAAAAUACACGUGCCUUGGCUGUUUGGUAGAAUACAUAGGAAUUGAGCAUAUUUUGGCAAUAGAUAAAAGUAUUCCAUCUCAAAUCUUAGAAGUGAUGGGGGACCAAUCAUUGGUGCCUUAUGCUAGUGACCUCUUGGAAACCAUGUUUAAAAGUCAUAAGAGUCAUUUGAAAUCUCAGACUGUCGACAGUACUUGGAUUGACCAGUGGCAUGAGACUUGGGUUUCUCCUCUCCUUCACAUACUGUGUGAAGGAAACCUGGAUCAAAAGUCUUAUGUGAUUGAUUAUUAUUUGCCAAAAUUACUGAAUUACAGCCCUGAAAGCUUAAGGUACAUGGUAAAGAUUCUUCAGACUUCUAUUGAUGCUAAAACUGGGUCUUGUAAUAGCAGAGGGGCUCUGGGAGCUUUGAUGGCAUGUUUACGAGCAGCCAGAGCUCAUGGACAUCUGCAGUCUGCAACUGAUGCUUGGGAGAACCUUGUGUCCAGUGCAAGAAUAAAGCAAGGCCUAAUUCAUCAGCACUGCCAAGUACGGAUAGAUACUUUAGGCUUGCUUUGUGAAAGUAAUCGAAGCACAGAAAUUGUUACCACAGAAGAAAUGCAGUGGAUUCAGUUCUUUAUCACAUAUAAUCUCAACAGCCAGUCUCCUGGAGUACGACAGCAGAUUUGUUCUCUUCUUAAGAAGUUGUUUUGCAGGAUACAGGAAAGUUCUCAGGUACUUUAUAAAUUGGAGCAAAGUAAAUCCAAACUUACCGCAGAAAGUGAGUUAACCAAAGACCAACCUUCUAUUACUUUACAACAAUAUAAGAAUUUCAUGUCAUCCAUCUGCAGCAGUCUUUUUGAAGCAUUGUUCCCUGGAUCCUCCUACUCCACUAGGUUUUCAGCCUUAACCAUCUUAGGCUCAAUAGCUGAAGUUUUUCCUGUCUUAGAAGGUAGUGUCCAAACGGUUUAUCAGCUAAGUCAAGAUAUUGAUGAUGGUCGUUUCCAAACACUAAUGGAAUGUUUUACCAGUACUUUUGAAGAAGUAAAAACUUUAGCGUUUGAUCUUCUGAUGAAGUUAUCAAUAAGAGCUACACAAUUUCAGGAUUCUGAGAAACUGCAAGACUUCUUCCAGGCAGCACUGGAGCUCAGCACAAGUACGAAACCAUAUGAUUGUGUAACAGCUUCCUACCUGCUGAACCUCUUAAUCUGGCAGGAUGCUCUGCCAGCAUCCCUGUCUGCCUCCUUAGCCCAGCAGGUCGAAUGCAGAGAUGGAGAUAAGUCAGCUGCUGUGGUGGAAAGGAACACAUUAAUGGUUAUCAAAUGCUUGAUGGAACAUCUUGAGGAAGAAGUAUCUCAGGCUGAGAAUUCUUUGCUUCAGGCAGCAGCAGCAUUCCCAAUGUAUGGGAGAGUCCACUGUAUAACAGGAAUGUUGCAGAAGUUACCUCUGAACAGCCUGCAGUUGGUGAGCGAGUGGAGACCUGUGGUAGAGAAGCUCUUGCUGCUUUCUUACAGGCUUUCGACAGUGGUGUCUCCAGUCAUUCAGAGCUCCUCCCCCGAGGGCCUCAUCCCCAUGGACACUGAUUCAGAGUCAGCAAGCCGCUUACAGGUGAUUCUCAAUGAGAUUCAGCCACGAGAUACUAAUGAUUUCUUCAACCAAGCCAAAAUAUUAAAAGAAUGUGACAGCUUUGAUUUGGAGGACUUGAAUGCUAGUGUGUCAAAUAUUGAUACUUCUGCAGAAAUCAAAGGUAAAGAGGGAAAAACAUGUGAUGUAACUGCUCAGAUGGUGCUAGUAUGUUGUUGGAGAAGUAUGAAGGAAGUGGCUUUACUUUUAGGCACUCUGUGCCAGCUUCUACCUGUGCGGUCUGUGCCAGAAUCUUCUGAUGGAUUAUUAACAGUGGAGCAGGUAAAAGAAAUAGGAGAAUACUUUAAACAACACCUUUUACAGUCCAGGCACAGAGGAGCAUUUGAACUGGCUUAUACUGGUUUUGUGAAACUCACUGAAAUACUAAACAGGUGCCCUCAUGUGAGUCUGCAAAAGCUGCCAGAACAGUGGUUAUGGAGUGUGUUGGAGGAAAUUAAAUGCAGUGAUCCUUCAUCCAAACUCUGUGCUACAAGGCGCAGUGCUGGAAUUCCUUUCUACAUACAGGCAUUGUUAGCAUCUGAACCAAAGAAAGGCAAAAUGGAUUUGUUGAAAAUAACAAUGAAAGAGUUACUAUCUCUGGCUGGCCCUAUAAAUGACUCACAGAGCACAAGUCCCCAGGUUCAUGCCUUAAAUAUCCUUAGAGCCUUGUUCAGAGAUACACGUCUGGGAGAAAAUAUCAUUCCUUACGUUGCUGAUGGAGCUAAGGCGGCAAUUCUGGGCUUUACAUCACCAGUCUGGGCAGUGAGAAAUUCAUCCACACUUCUGUUUAGUUCUUUGAUCACAAGAAUUUUUGGAGUUAAAAGGGGAAGGGAUGAACUUUCCAAAACAAAUAGAAUGACAGGCAGAGAGUUUUUCUCUCGCUUCCCGGAACUCUAUCCUUUUCUUCUCCAACGGUUGGAAGCUGUAGCCAAUUCAGUGGACUGUGAUAUGGGAGAGCCAGACCGUCACCCAAGCAUGUUCCUCUUACUUUUGGUGUUGGAGAGACUGUACCCUUCUCCAAUGGAUGGCACAUCUUCUGCUCUCAACCUGGCAUCUUUUGUUCCCUUCAUUAUAAGGUGUGGUCACUCGCCUAUUUACCGCUCUCGUGAGAUGGCAGCUCGUGCCUUGGUUCCAUUUGUUAUGAUAGACCAAGUUCCUAAUACUAUCCGAGCUCUGCUGGCCACCCUUCCUAAUAGCACUGACCAGUGUUUCCGGCAAAACCAUAUUCAUGGAACACUUCUCCAGGUUUUUCAUUUGUUACAAGCCUUCACAGACUACAAACACAGAACGAAUUCAGACUUUCAACAGGAGCUGACUGACAUCACUGUUUGUACCAAAGCCAAACUAUGGCUGGCCAAGAGGCAAAAUCCAUGUUUGGUGACCAGAGCUGUAUAUAUGGAUAUUCUCUUCCUUUUGACUUACUGCCUUGAAAAACCCACAAAGGGCAACCAGCCAGGUAUGCUUCCUAGCUGUAACCUACUUUGGAAUGGCUGCAAGUCUUUGAAAUAUAAAUGAGUUUUUGAGCAGCUCUACAUACCAACCACUACUGUGAGCUAACCACACAUCAGAAUUCAGCAGUGUCUGUUGCUUCCUCCUAGAAACUUCUCAAGGAAACUUGUGCUUGUUUGCUUGGAAGUUUGCCUUUAAAUACUUUCUAUUUGGUCAUUCAGAGAGGAGUGUGAACUCUACUCAGACACUCUUUUGUGUUUUGGAGAUCUUGCCUUUUUUCUCUCUCUUUUUUUCUUUUUGUUGUUGUUGAAAGCUCAUCAUUUUCAAGAACUGACUGUUUGCUCUGUUCCAUCUUGUGGAGAUACCUGAGCAUGCUGGCUCAUUUGGUGCUGGAACACAGGGACAUUUGAGCCCCUGUUCUCCAAUCCACCCCUAUGAAAGCACAUGUAGGAGUUGCUUCCUUGGGUUCUGACUUCAUACAUGUGUCUAGGUCAUGUAUGUUUCUGGGUAUGUGCCCCAGGUCCACAUAAAAUUGUUCUGUUUUAAUCUUGAUUCACAAGUUUGUUACUGUUUUGUUUUUGUUUUUUUAAGGGAGAAGGACAACCCAAAUAAAAUUUUAUUGAUGUGUUUAUGUAGCAGGCCAUGGGAAGUGCUGUACAUGAGUUCCAGGCCACAGAUUAAAACUGAUU